AUGGCUCUAAGGACUACUGCUGUUUUGUGUAACAGUAUGAAGAAAUGGGCAUAUAACAUGGCUGGGUUUAAUAAAUAUGGACUGAUGCGAGAUGACUGUCUGUAUGAGAAUGAGGAUGUCAAAGAAGCCCUACGUCGUCUGCCCGACCAUGUUAUAGAUGAGCGCAACUUCCGUUUGGUGCGUGCCAUCCAGCUAUCCCUUCAAAAGUCCAUUCUCCCCAAAGAGGAGUGGACGAAGUACGAAGAGGACAAACUGUAUCUAUCUCCUAUUGUUGAUCAGGUCAAGAAAGAGCGAAAAGAACGCGAAGAGUGGGAGAAGAAUUACUAA